AUUGUCUAAACGUCAUUGUAUUCGCGUUGCUUUCAAAGCGAUUUAUUAUUUAAUGCAUCGCGUGCAAUGAUCUUUUGUAACUGGAGGCGUUUUCAAGUCGAUAUUACGCGUUUGUGUCUAUCCAAUACGAAAAUGCUAAGAAACGCAAAAUAGCCGGCGAGUCCUUUCGAUUUUCUUUGCUUCAUGACUAACCUAUAAAUAUUCCUUUAAAAUAUCGUUCUACGAGAUUUACAAUACAUUAUAAUUUGAACAAAUAAAAAUUAUGGUAGCUCUUCAAUAUUUUUUUUGCAAUCUACGUCAGCUAAAUCGAGUGUAAUAAAUUGAGUGUGACCUUCAGAAUGUUCCGGUAUUAUAGGUUAACGGCUAUUAGAAAACGCUAAUCAACCGUUUACAUACUAUCAUUAUCUUCGACAUUUUGUAAAUUACUAUGUAAUAUGUAAAUGUGAAGUCAAAGUCAUUGUCGCAAGUCACUAUUCACAUAUUGACAUGAGUUCCGCGAUAGUUCAAGCCAUCGAGAUGUUCUUUCUUUUAAUCCAUCUGGAGGAUUCUCUUUUUUGCAUAAGCAGUAAGAGAGCUUUGGAAAUGGAAGUUUAUUCGUUUCAGUAUAAUUGUUUAAACAUAUGAAAAUAAUAUUGUAGAUAUAAGCAAUAUGUUGUGAUCUACUUACAAUCAAUUCCAAGGAUAUUACAUGUAACGAAUAAUGCUUGGAGCUUAUACGUAUGAUCAUAUAACUUGAUUGCAUUAAACAUGCAAGCCAAGAAACGUUAUUUACUAUUAUUUGUGACAUGUGCGUUUCUUGGUUAUUGUUAUUUUGGCGGUUAUCGCUUAAAAAGUGAAAAAUGGACAGGCAGGUCUCAGUUGCCUUACGAGCGAUUGCCUUCGUAUUUAAGUCUGAACGAAGAAUUCUAUGACAAAGAUUUGAGAGUGUCAAAUGGAAACUUACCUGUAUCGCAACGUACAAGGAAGUGCCGUAUGGAAACAUGCUUCGAUUUCACGAAGUGCAAGCAAGGAUUUACAGUUUAUGUAUAUCCAAUUGAAGAUAUUAUAAGUCCAUUAUACCAAAAAAUACUAAAUGUUAUAACAGAGUCAAGAUAUUAUACGUCUGAUCCAACAAGAGCAUGUAUAUUUGUCCUGGCCUUGGACACAUUAGAUAGAGAUCCAUUAUCAAAUGAAUUUGUGCAUAAUCUUCCUUCCAAACUAUUACGUUUACCAUAUUGGAAUAAUGGAAGAAAUCAUUUAAUAUUCAAUUUGUAUUCUGGUACAUGGCCAGACUAUGCAGAGGAAUCACUAGCAUUUGAUUUAGGGUAUGCUAUGCUUGCUAAAGCAAGUAUGUCCAUAUUUAGACUAAGACCAAAUUUUGAUGUAUCCAUACCGCUAUUUGGGAAACAACAUCCUGAACGUGGUGGGGAACCUGGUCAAGCGUUAGAAAAUAAUUUUCCUAGUAAUAAAAAAUAUGUGGCAGCUUUUAAGGGUAAAAGAUAUGUACAUGGUAUUGGUUCAGAAACUAGAAAUGCUCUUUACCAUUUGCAUAAUGGUAAAGAUUUGGUAUUUGUAACGACUUGUCGUCAUGGUAAAGCUUGGAGAGAAUUACAAGAUGAACACUGUCAACAAGAUAAUCAAGAAUAUGAUACAUAUGAUUAUGAGAUUUUAUUAAUGAACUCUACAUUUUGUCUUGUCCCUCGUGGACGAAGGCUCGGCAGCUUCAGAUUUUUAGAAGCUUUAAGAGCAGGUUGUAUACCAGUUAUUUUAAGUAAUGGGUGGGCGUUGCCUUUUCACGAACGCAUAGAUUGGACUCAGGCCGUUAUAUUUUCCGACGAACGAUUGUUGCUUCAAAUUCCAGAUAUAGUACGAUCUGUAUCGAAUGUGCAGAUUCUUAAGUUACGACAGCAGACACAAUUUUUAUGGGAACGAUAUUUUUCGUCUAUAGAAAAGAUUAUAUUUACAGUAUUCGAGAAUAUUCGUGAACGUUUACCAUGGGAAGGCACAAGAGAAGGAAUUAUUUGGAACACUAGUCCUGGAGCCCUAGCCAUAUUACCGCAAUUUGCAGAUAGUCAACAAGAACUUCCAUUCUCGAACAGCAAUCCUGGUAACACUUUCACUGCCAUCAUUUAUUCUCAAUUGGGAUCUACUGCUGUUCUAUAUCGUCUGCUUAAAAGUCUCGCAAAAAGUAAAUAUUUAGAUAAGAUAAUUCUAAUGUGGAAUUCGGACAUUCCGCUUCCGAGAAGACCACGUUGGCAAGGGAUCAAAGCGUCAAUAAAUAUAGUUUCUGUGGAUGGUAUAUCCCAGCGUUUUUAUCCGCAUCCACUAAUCAAAACCAGUGCCAUAUUAUCGCUAGAUGAAGAUGCCACUCUCAAUACUGAUGAAAUUGAUUUUGCUUUUAUGGUUUGGCGCUCGUUUCCCGAUCGAAUAGUGGGUUAUCCAGCGAGAUCGCAUUAUUGGGAUGAUUCAAAGCGAUCUUGGGGUUACACGAGUAAAUGGACUAACGAUUACAGUAUCAUUCUAACCGGUGCUGCUUUUUAUCAUCGUUAUUAUAACACAUUGUAUACUGAACUAUUAAGUUCGACUCUUCAUAAGACAGUGGAACAGUCGCAGAAUUGCGAAGAUAUUUUAAUGAAUUUCUUAGUGAGUCACGUUACUCGAAGACCACCUAUCAAAGUAACUCAACGGAAACUGUAUAAAGAUACCACGGUUGCUGGAAUCAGAUCACCGUGGAACGAUCCUGAUCAUUUUAUACAGCGACAAACAUGCAUGAAUACAUUCGUAGCUGUUUUUGGAUAUAUGCCAUUAUUACGAUCCAACAUGAGACUCGAUCCGGUCCUAUUCAAAGAUUCUGUAAGCAACAUGCGUAAGAAGUAUAGACAAAUUGAAUUAGUUAGUAAUUAGAGUUAUAUAAGAGAUUCGAUCAAUUAUGUAAUUAUUUCAUUCUUAUAAUAUGCGUCGAGAGUAGACUGCAACCAGGAAUCAAUCGCGUAAUGUUUUCAAUAACAUUUAUGCAAAACAGGUCUUUGAUCGAUCGAUCUUUAGUCUUUGUUCUUUCCUGAUGUUGCAAAUAAAAAUUAUUCAUGAGCAUACAGAGAAAAUUUACAGAUCAUUGUAAGUCUUUAUGUUAUAUCAAUGUUAUUGGGCAGAAAAUCAAAUGAUAUUUCAUUCCUUUUAGAAUGAAUAACGUUACCUUGUGCUUCUUUUUUUUCUUUUUUAAGGAAGAAAUUUUUUUUAAAGAUACCAUUAGUAUUUGAUCUGGUUGAUAUCUCGUGCUAAUGCGAUAUUGCAUUAUGUUUAUGUACAUACAUAUAAGUCGUAUCGUAAUAAUUAAUAAACAAGCGAUCUGU